AUGGAGAAGAUUGAGGUACUCAAAGCCUCAGUCUUCACUGCCAAAUGCUUGAGCCACAUCACCCAAGUCACUGAAAGCAAAGGCAAGGACUGGGAGAAUGAAGAACCACUUGCUGUAGGGUCGAAGACACAUGGACUUGAUGGACAGAUCACAUGGUGCAUAAGGAACUGGCUGAAUGGCUGCACUCAAAGAGUUGCAGUUAACAGCUCAAUGUCCACGUGCAAACUGAUAACGAGUGGUGUUCCUCAGAAAUCAGUACUGGGCCUGGUGCUGUUUAACAUCUUUGGUGACAUGGACAGUGGAAUUGAGUGGGACCCUUGGCAGGGUUACACAUCAUUCUGGAAUGAUUGCAUCUCCUCAGGAUUGCGUGGCUGUAUGUUAAUCGAAUUGGCGCUGCGUGGGCGUCUUCAGCUAGAGACCUGUGGAAUGAGGCGCAAAAGUCUACUAACAAGAAAGGUGAUCUGCAAGUCAGAUGCUCCUACAGGGGAUGUUCUGCUUGAUGAAGCUCUGAAACACAUAAAAGAAACCCAGCCUCCUGAAACAGUACAAAAUUGGAUUGAACUGCUUAGUGGGGAAACAUGGAACCCACUGAAGUUGCACUACCAGCUACGAAAUGUCCGUGAACGGUUAGCUAAAAAUCUAGUGGAGAAAGGUGUACUGACAACAGAGAAACAGAACUUCCUUCUUUUUGACAUGACUACGCACCCUCUCACCAACAACAAUAUCAAACAGCGCCUCAUCAAGAAGGUUCAAGAAGCAGUUCUUGACAAAUGGGUGAACGAUCCUCACCGCAUGGACAAGCGCUUGCUGGCACUGGUUUAUUUAGCCCAUGCUUCAGAUGUUCUGGAGAACGCUUUUGCCCCCCUUUUGGAUGAGCAGUAUGAUUUAGCCACAAAGAGAGUGCGGCAACUUCUGGAUUUAGACCCUGAGGUUGAAUGUAUGAAAGCCAACACAAAUGAGGUUCUGUGGGCUGUUGUAGCAGCUUUCACAAAAUAACUGCAUUCAGACUGAAGUGUUCACUUUUCUUUCAUGUAAACCAGUUGUUUCUCUUCUAUUGACUAUUCAUGUUUUCUGUAAUUUGUACCUUCUCACAUGAUGAGUUGGCUCUUGUUCAAUGGGAAUUAUAAGUGGUGUAUUCCCUCCUUCUAUGUGUAUCUGUAUACAGAAUUCUGCUGGUACAAGAGACCUUCCUGUUUAGAAACAACAGAAAAAGGUUUUACUGCCAUAUUGGCAUUCCAUUUCCUAUUCAGUUUGAGUUAUUUGAAAUACUUUGUUUAAUCUAUUUUUCAUCUCAUUGUUACUGAAGUAGUUUAAUGUGGAAAGCACCUCAAGGAAGAAAUGUGCAUGCAGUUGGACCACUAGUCUCAGCUACCACAGAUGUGUGCAUGCAUCAACAUUUCUGCAGUACCGUUCAUAACAGAUUAAAAAGGGCCUUUUUAAAUCACCAAAGCUCCAUGUUGAAGUGUCUGUCAGGACAUUUUAUACACAGAUGUUGUUUCAAUUAUAUCUAACAAAAUUACUUUAAAAGCAGAAUUGCCAUUAAGCAGCUUUGUCGAUAUCUCCUGUAAAAUGCCCUCAAAAUGUUACUUUUCUUGCAAGUCUCUUGUGUACUUAUAUUUUCAUUAAAACAAUAGUUGAGUCGUAAGACUAGUAUAGAAAGGUCCAAUUGUUUCAUAAACCUGUUUUGGGAUGGGAUACAUUCCAUUAUAUUGUAUAUAUAGUUAAAAUUGUAUAUUAACAACUGCCCCAUCUUAGUAUUUUGCAAGAUCUACUCUAGUUGUGCACCUGAUGCCCCUUAUUUGCUGUCAGCCAUUGCCAUUUG